CUGGUGGGCAACACUCCGCUGGUACGAGGCGACUACUCCUCCGGUCGUGCGCAUUCCAACGAUGUUUUGCUUCGGAGUGUACCUGACCGCUCCAGAGUUGAAAUAGGGAAUUUAGUCGAAGAACACCUUCGCCGGCUGCUGGUGCACAGCGCUCUUGGCUUUCCAAAAGCACGUGGAGUUGUGCCUUGUGUUGGUGCUACUGUGUUGUGUUUACACGGCUUUGGGGGAUUUUCUGCGGCGAGGGACUGUCAAGGAUUAAGUCGGGAUGGGGAAGGAAGUGGACGAUUUUUUGGAUUUUUCUUUCGGCACAUGGUGAGCGGGCAACCCCCUUGAAGAGAUGAGCGGGUCAUGCGCGCCGGCCUGUGCACGGUAAGCGCCCCUCUGGCCGCGUGCAGCCCGGCAGCAGCGCUACCCCCUUCGGCCCGUUUCCUGGCGCUACAUCUGCUGCACCAACAGACGCUCUACUUCAUCGUUCAAGCGAAAUCCAGAGUCAGGGAGCUUUACCAGCAGACAUGCCUGCACUUCGCCCAGCAGGGAAUGCUCGACACCGACCUCUUCGGCUUGGCGCUCAUCUGCGAUGGCGAAUACCUCUUUGCCGAGCCCGAUAGCAAAUUGUCCAAAUACGCCCCAAAAAGUUGGCGUUCUUCCCACAGCCAUGGCCUCGACGCCAACGGGCGUCCUGCCCUCGCCUUCUACUUCCGCGUCCAGUUCUACGUGGACAGCCCUCUUCUUCUCCGCGACGAAACAACUCGCCACCACUAUUACCUUCAGCUGCGCCUUAACGCAUCUUCUGGCGCUGCUGGAGACGUUGCCAUGCACCUGGCCGGCCUUGCUCUUCAAGCAGACCUUGGGGACCGUACUGACAGCACAACGUUCCGACCAGAAGAUUACGUCCCACCGAAUCUACGCGGACCUGCUGCUCUUCGCACUAUCCAAGUGCUACAUCGCUCCCAUCGCAGCCUUUCGAAGGCCGAGGCCCGAUCGCGGUUUAUAACCGAGGCCUGCCAGCUGGAGGAGCCCGUCAACGCGCACGUCUUCCGGCUGCGGGCCUCCAAAAGCGAGCAGGCGCCGGGCUCCAUCCUGCUCGCCGUCUGCGCCAAGGGGCUGAAGGUGUGCCCCGACAACAACCCGCCCUCCAUCUUCCUCUGGAGCUCCAUCGGCAAGCUGAGCUUCGAGCGCAAGAAGUUCGAGAUCCGCACCGGCCACGAGAAGCUCACGCUGUACACGAGCAGCGACGAGAAGAGCCGGCUGCUCCUGGCGCUGUGCAAGGCGGCGCACCUCUUCAGCAUGGCGGUGGCGCCGAGGCUGAGCGAGGCGCGCCGCGAGGAGGAGGAGAAGCAGCGCUGGGACUGCGACCAGCGGAUCUCGGUGAUCUCGAGCACCUCGUCGAACACGACGUCGGGGAUCGUGAGCGACCGGGUGCACUCGGAGGACGAGCUGGAGAUCAUGAUUACGAGCCCGCCUGCACCCUCCACGGAAAGUUUGGCUCUGGCUCACCUGCUGGACAGUGCGCCAGCUAGCAGUCGAACUUCGGCGGCGUCAGCGACGGCUGCUCUCUCUGCACUUUCACUCAAGGAAGAAGAGGAAGAAGUCAGCAAGCCGGCUUGCAGCGAAAGCUCUGCCAAGACGGUUAGCGGAAAGUGUGCAGGAUCGCAAUGCAGCUCGUCGUGCAGCACUGUCGUUGUGACGCCGGUGCAGAACAAAAACAAAGGACGAAGACCUUCCACCAGUAGCAGCCUCGAACUCGGCUAUUCCCACACGGCCCAAAAUUCAGCAGUCAGCGAUGCCACAUGUAUAGAAUUAGAUACACGGGAACCAGUUUACACAUCCGGUCCGGCACCCAGUAGCCAUACCAGCGGUGUCUACACUCUCACUUCCAGCGAUCAGUACACGUUGAGUUCUAGCGAUCAAUAUGCAACAACCCAGAGCGACCAAGUCGAUGGGCCUUUCCGAGAUCGAUCCAAUUCGAACGUCAGCAACUCGGGAUCGUUCCACGGAGAUGGGAGCGAUCCCACCGAUAACAAACAAGCAUUACUCUCAGCCGAAGAACUGUCAGACUUGAUCGUUGGUCGUUACCCGUCGUGUAAGAGCGUCAGUCAUACGUUGGAUUCUGACUCUGAUUACGUUACGUUACCUUCGUCGUACCAAGGGUACAUUCCGGUACCACCGAAGAGGAUAGACAGUGCCGAGCAGAGGUUUAGGCCGCCUCCGCCACCGUAUGGAGCGCAGUUGACGAAGGUACCCAUCACCGAGGCGUCUGAUUUUGAUGAUCAGAGCUUCGUUUCUGAGAUAUCCAUGAGGGAUCCUCCACCGUAUCCAGAUAACCCGACGCCUGUACCACCGCCAGUGUAUCCCUCGGAGGAAGCAGCCGCCAGGUUCAUAACCACGCGUUCUCCGAGCAUUUUGACGGCACAUGCUAGCAGCGUCGGGGCUUCAUCCUCUCCGAGUUACUCCACUCCCAGUUCGGUACCACCGAUUCCUCCAAAAAUACCACGAGGAGUACCGACGAUGAACACCAUCAUCUCGCCAAACAAUUAUUUGGACGUAGCUGCUAGCAAAGCGAGUGUUUUGGUCCCUUGUACUUUUCUCCCGCCUCCGCCUCCGGCUCCGCGGCAGCCGCCACCGCCGCCUCCGGCUUUAGCGACGGUGUACACCAGCCAGCUGUCUCGAUCGCAGAUUGAGCAGUACAAGCAGCAGAUGUAUAGUGACGUGGAUUUCGUCAUGUUCCCGUUGAAGGAGCCGGCGAUCAGUAAGCAGGAGUACUUGGAGGCUAAGUUAGCAGCGUUAGUACAAACCCAACCGAUGUUCUACCGUAGUACGUCCUAUCUGGGACGGUACGCAUCCAGUCAGAACUUGUCGGAUACGUACGUACAGCUACCAGUUUACGGCGCGGCGAGUAUUUCUUCGACUGGUAGCUUGGAGCCGCCGCCUCCGCCUCUACCUCCCAAUCGUCCUGGGAGGUUCAUGCGGACGCGUUCUGACGAUAACAUCCUGAACUCGUUGGAGGCGGUACCGCAGCCACCGGCGUUUCGGCGACGGUUACCGCCGCCCCCUCCGAGGCUUAUCAUCGAGAAGAAGAAGGAAGUGACGAAAGUUGGUAGCGAAGCGACGAAAGUGGAAGUUUCUGCGAGUGGUGAGAAAGGGAGCGCACUUGAUAUUCGUACUCUAAGAGAAAAAAGCAAGAAAAUGGACUUGCCGCUGAUAUCCGCGUUGUGCAAUGAUAGGUCGUUGAUAAAGCAGACCAAGGCGUUCGUGAUGCCGAAGCACCCGGGUGAAGUUCAACCGCGAUCGCUUAGUAGUACGCGUGCUAAGUACCCAGUGUCGGGACUGAGUAGUACUAGGAUCAAUAACAAGACGACGAGGAAAGUGCCGUCGAUUAGCCACCGGCAUCCGGGAGAUAAGCUUCCGGAAAUCCCGAGGGCUACGCCGAAUAACUACGUUACGGAUCCGCAUGCCAAACACAAAACUAUGCAGUCCCAUUCAUGAUAGAAGUGACGUUUUCCAGUGCUAGAGUAGUAUGAGAAUUUGUUAUACUCAGGGUGCCAUCAUUGCAAUAUGUUGUGUUAAGGUUAGGUGGGGGCCGGUUUUUUGAGCAGAUUAAGCGUUGGUUGUUCUUUUUUUUUUAAACAUUCCUCUGCCGAAAGAUCGGCACCCUUUGCCAUCCCUGCAUGUACAUACAUAAUGGUAAUUUUUAAUACCGCACGUAAUUUUACAGUACAUAAUGUUUAGCAGUAAUGUAUACACUUGCUCAACUUUUAUUAUUAAAAAUAAUGAUAUUUUUAA